UUUUUCAUAGAUGCGAAAGAGUCGCUGCUGGAAGACAACAGAGCACUUUCAAAGAGGGGAGCUGUACGUCCCUCCCUAUAUAAAUGGCCCACCUCUGAUGAAGAUGGCAAAACAGUCGUCAAGAUUCCCUAUGUGGUUCAAGAUGGUGUGUGACUAGCUUUUUUCAUUGAUACAGUAGUUGAUUGAGUAAUCAUCCCUUUCUUAUUUCAAGGUGUUUGUCUGCCUUAAAGAAAACACUCAAAGGCGGACGAAGAGACCUUAGUUGAGAAAUAAUACAUCGGAAUAGUUGGAAAACCUUUUAUAUUUUAAAGACGUGUUUUUCGAGGUAACUUCCCAGUCAUUACAUUUAGUUUAUCCCUUCAUCUUUUUAUUCCAAAUUAUCUAUUAUCUAAAUUACAUGGUUUUACCCAUAUGAUCUGUUUGUACAGAUCUUCACUCCAAAGCUAAAACUGAGUUGCAGCGUGCUAUUCAAGAUGUACACGAAGCUACUUGUGUGAAGUUUCAGGCUCGAAAGAGAGAGACCGACUAUGUUAGUUUUCAGCCUGCAGUUGACUACCAAAUGUAAGUACUAACCGGAAACGGCGGGAAGGGGAGAGAGUGUCCGGGUGGGAAGGAAGGGGAGGGUGAAGUUUAGUCUCGAAACGAGAGGUCGUUCCCUUUUUCCUUGAGAAUGCAGCUAUGGGGAAACUAACAGACUGGUGAAACCUUCUGUGAUCGACCAAAUGUAAAAGCAGCAUCACUCAGAGUCUAUGGGAACGCCCAAGAAGUAUGCACAUGUGUAGACGACCCGCAGGGCUAACAAGCUCGAGGCUGUAGUCUACAGUUUGGUCCUAAUUUAAAUUUUAUUCGUUCAUAGGGUUCUUAGUAACUUUAUUGAUAAUUUUUAGAUGCUUUGCCAAAAUUGGGAAACGCUCAGGAAAGCAAGAUGUUAUUCUUGGAACAGGCUGCGAAUACAAAGGAACAAUUUUACACGAGAUCGUUCAUCUGCUGGGGUUUUAUCACGAACACAACCGAAAGGAUCGAGAUUCAUACUUGAAAAUUUAUGAAGACAAUCUUGAUCCAGGUAGGCCUUGUUCAAUUAUGCUUUACUUUUUUUCUUAUUGUAAUCUACAGUUGGCGAAAAAAUUGUUGACUCAGUGACCUUUUCAACCCCCUCUUAUUUUUAUCUCUUUUACCCUUGUCAAGUCAAGGCAGAAAUAUCACAAAUAAAGUACUUAUGUCCCUGUAAACUCUGAUCUACUAUUUCAAAACUCGUGCAUCGUGUUUCAUCAGGGUUUCUAAACAAGAGAAAUUAGAUGAAAGGUACAAGCUUAGCCCUUUACACCCUAACAUCAGUAUGCAUAUUCUCCAUACUGUUCUCUGUUCAUUUCGAACGUUACUGACAAGGAGAAUUUGUUUAACAAUCAAGAGCUUCCUCAGUUGAUGAACAUUUCCUUUAUUCUCGUGACCUUAGUGUGAUAUAUUUUUUUCUUUUUUCUGGGAGGGGGGUGGGUAGGGAUUUUGAGGAGAAGUAAGAUGCCAGUCACUCGUAGAAGGUGGAAUUGGAAUGGAAUUGGAAUGGAAUGAAAUUUUUUUGGGGGGGAGGGGGGUAGGGAUUGUGAGGAGAAUUAUUAUUAUAAUUAUUUUUUUUUUUUUGGGGGGGGUGGGUAGGGAUUGUGAGGAGAAGUAAGAUGCCAGUCACUCGUAGGGGGGGUCAAAAGGUCAAGUGAAGUCGGUGAUUUAAGAUUGUCUUGUAAAAGCUAUUCAUGGAAUUUUUUUGGGGAGGUAGGGAUUGUGAGGAGAAUUAUUAUUAUAAUUUUUUUUUGGGGGGGGGGUAGGGAUUGUGAGGAGAAGUAAGAUGCCAGUCACUCGUAGGGGGGUCAAAGGGUCAAGUGAAGUCGGUGAUUUAAGAUUGUCUUGUAAAAGCUAUUCAUGGAAUUUUUUUUUGGGGGGGGUAGGGAUUGUAAGGAGAAUUAUUGUUAUAAUAAUUUUUUUUUUUUUUUGGGGGGUGAGUCGGGAUUGUGAGGAGACGUAAGAUGCCAGUCACUCGUAGGGGGGGUCAAAAGGUCAAGUGAAGUCGGUGAUUUAAGAUUGUCUUGUAAAAGCUAUUCAUGGAAUUUUUUUGGGGGGUAGGGAUUGUGAAGAGAAUUAUUAUUAUAAUUAUUUUUUUGGGGGGGUAGGGAUUGUGAGGAGAAUUAUUAUUAUAAUUAUUUUUUUGGGGGGGGUAGGGAUUGUGAGGAGAAUUAUUAUUAUAAUUAUUUUUUUUAGGGGGGGUAGGGAUUGUGAGGAGAAGUAAGAUGCCAGUCACUCGUAGGGAGGUCAAAAGGUCAAGUGAAGUCGGUGAUUUAAGAUUGUCUUGUAAAAGCUAUUCAUGGAAUUUUUUUUUGGGGGGGGUAGGGAUUGUGAGGAGAAUUAAGAUGCCAGUCACUCGUAGAAGGUCAAAAGGUCAAGUGAAGUCAGCGUUUCGUAAACUUUGCCCCGUUGACUAGGGAUAGAAUUAGACUCAUUCAAACUGUUUUAUUCCACUCUCGUAUUCACUUAUUUACAACGGGUGUGUAAACAGCUACUCUGCAAAAUUUGAAAGAAAUCACUCUCUUAUACGAUAUUCUUUACAUCGUGAUUUGUUGUUGCUAAGUAAUGAUUUAGAAGGUCAUUCAAGGUUAUGUUGAUCAUGUAAACCGAUCAAUGUCCCAAAAUCACUAAAGGUGAUGCUUCUAGCUCUUGACAUAAUGUUCACACUCGUCAUCUGACAUGUGUCACGCACGAAUCACAAAGUCUCCGACAAGAGAUUUUAAGAUUGUUUUGUAAAAGCUAUUUAAGGUAGUUAUGAAUCACCUGAAAGGCAUCUUCUUUAUUUAAUAGCUGUUAAGGACGAAGUCAUGAAGAAAACUGACAUGGACAAUUUGGGCUUUGCUUACGACUUCAAGUCCAUCAUGCAAUACAGCAAGACCACAUUUGCUAAGUCAUCAGGCCUGGUCACCAUGGAAGCGAGGUCAGAUCCUAAUAUGGAGCUUGGCAACGAAAACGCCAUGUCCGCGGCUGAUAUCAUGAAGAUUAACAAGUUUUACAACUGCCCACAGAAAAACGACGUGUGUAAGUGGAAAAGGCAAUAGAACUAUUGAACAAUCUGACUAUGUUAAGUUGCAAAUGUAAACACAAUUGAUAACUUCAUAAGUAUAUAUAUUUUCUCUUUACUGUUAUCUAUACUUUUCCUUUGGCGCUGACAAGGAGAAUUUGUUUAAAAUCAAAGCCUCUUAAGUUGGCUAUCACUUCUUUCAUUAUCAUGACCCUAAUGAAUGAUUCAGUAGUACUUCUGUAGUGAAAAAUCAUAAAUGCUGGUCACUCCUAUGGUUCAGAGCUGCGGUUGCCUUGCUUUUCAUAACCUUAUUCGAGACACGUAACGGAAUGGAGUUAUGUCUGAUCUUUUGUUUUAUUCUUCAGAUAAAAACAUGGAGGUAAUGGUGCAAACUGGUGAUGGAUAUUGGGAUGGUUCCGACGCCUUUUUGUACCUCGAGCUGAUCGGUGAUAAGGGGAGCUCUGGGGAGAGUAGUGUUGCAAAAGGCGGCCUUUACGACGACUUUGAGGGGAAUGCGUAAGUUGCGACCAGAGCGAAUUGUUAAACUUAACUAACAUACUUACGAUACAGUCAAGACAAGUUAAGUAUUUUUGUAAGUCACAUCUACGUUAUAUUGAUUAAAAAAACCGAUGUCGUUUAUUGCCAUAAUCAUCAUAAUCAUCUUUAAAUACGCGGUAUUUCUAGGAUUUUGUCUUUUUGAGGAUCUCAUCUAUCUGAAAAUGAGUUUUAGAAAUUUGAAGUGAAGUUAAAGGAAAGAUUGGAAUCUGAUCUAACUUAAAAGUGGUUAGGUCUACCUUAUCUAAUGACAGACUUAAACGCUGGACUACCCUGUGCAGUAAGUUAAAAGUACGCUUAAAUAUUUUAAAAGUGCACCAUCAGCUUUCGUUUGGUUGGUCAUACACAAGGACUUUAAUCAAACCUUCAAAGGAUCGGAGUAUUAUACUCCAGAACCGUGUAAUUUCUAUCUCUGUCAUUAAAAAGUAUUGGUAAAAUGAUAACACUGGCUGCUCUGUGAAAUCUCAGAGAGUAACCCAACCUUUCGAAGAUUGUCUUUGAACGUGGUGAAAAUUUUAUGUAGGACGCUGAUAUUUUGAGUCUUGCGUUGCCGCUAUCUAAGACGAAACAGAGCCUCAUUUCCGUUUUUUCAACCUCUUGAUGAUCAGUUCGAACAAUUAGGAGCCAUAGCGAAAGGCAUAUUUGCCUAAAAUUUUUUUUUUCGUGUGAUAACCAGUGACGCAGCUGUUUUCGACCACGUUUUAUGGUAUCGCAUCUAUCGCCAGGUCACUAAGCUGUUUUUCAAAAUGGUAGCAUCCAUAAUAGGACUAUUUUAGCAUGUUUGGAGACAACUUUCGAAAAGUCAAGUUACUUUUCAGUGGCGGAGAAGACCCAAAAUAUCUCUAAUUAGAUCAAAAUGACCGUAUUUGGUGAUGUUUGAGUAAUUCACUGAGGGUGUCUAAGAAAUUUAAUUUGACAAGCACAUAUGAGGACUGACUAGUUUUUUGUUUUGUUUUUUUAUUUCAGGAAAGACAACUACCUUGUGGCAUUUAAAGACGUGGGCACUAUUCGAAAGCUGAAGAUCAGAUUACAAGAAAACCCUAACGGAAGUUAUUUUGACGGGUGGACUGUUGCUAAGGUAAGAUUUACUGAAACAACUGUGCACUUAACAAAUCGUUCGACAAACAUGCAAGAACAAAAUUUCAAAAAGUAUACUCGAAGAGAAGUCUAGGUAAUAGUUGGCGCGUUUGUCUCGGAAUCUGGCCUUUCAGGCAAGCAAAAUCACAUUUCUUCAUCAAGAGGUGUGAUAUGUGACAUGGAAAGUUUUAGAGGAACUUGAUGUUAAAAUCAAGGGAACGUACAUGUAUUUUAAGGUGAGCGCUCUAAUUUAAAGCCAAAUAAAACGCUCUAAAAACUGUACCACAACCUUGAUCAUAAAAUGUUCCCCUCUGUUUAGGCUUUUAAAUCGUAUCACAUCACGUUCUUGUCUUUUUCCAAUAAAAUGGAGUUGCAUCGAUUAAUAACAGUUACAGCAAGCUGGGAAAAGUUACUUCAAAGAAGCUACGUCACCACUGGUGAAUCUUGGAAACUAUUUUGUCUCCUUCAAUUGCAGUCCGUGUAAAUCUUUGCCUUCUAUAACCAUUCCCGUUACUUUUUGUUUAUUCUUACCACCUAAUCGGUUUUCUACGCCGGAUGUUAAAAGAUCACUGCAAGGUUUUUAUGCUACUUAACGAACCCCCUUUAAAAAGCUAAAAGUGAUCUUAAGUACCUUAUCGUAGCACUUAUCACAAGAAUCUCUUACUCUUCUGUAGAUCACCGUCAAAGACGGAGACAAAACUUACAUUUUCGGCGAAAGAGAUGUUGAUCCUGGAGAGACUGUUACUGUAAAUGCUUCCUAA